UUUAAAUAUUAAUAUAUGUAUUUAUUAUUGUAACAAUAGGUAAUACAAUGAUUUUGUGUUUGGUAAUUUUUUAUCUCCUCGGUGGGUCGAAGGCUACAAACAAUACAACCAAUACGACGGGAAGUACAGAAAACUCAAGUUUUUCUAAAUCAAUUAUGUGUUUUUUCAAGGGGAACAUGAAGGCCACUGAUUCAGAAUUAGUUGAUCUAGAACCCAAAGAUAUACCGUGUGAAUGUGAAGUAAUUAUUUAUAGCCGAUUUUCUAUCGACAAACUUUCCGUAAUAAAUGUAGAUGAAGUGAGUCUCAAAGCAGUGGUAGACUUAAAUAAACCUGUGCUCCUGGUUCUUCAACGAGAGGAAGCGUACACGGAUUGGGGUAUAAUAUUGGGCCCUGACGGCAAUGCCAAAGAUGCAAAAGUCUUAUGUGAUUUCGCAACGAAAAACAAUGUAUCAGGAUUCAUUGUAGAGAAUCUUACCCCGCGUUGCGAAUUCAUACCAUUCGACGAAAAAGUGGGAAAAUUCAUCAUACCUUAUAUAAAACAAUUAAAAUGCAAUCCUGACUUCAUAAUCGGUGUUGCUGUAAAUGCAUACCCGUCAUCUAUAAAGUGUAAAUGCAUGUAUAAUUUUGUUGAAUUGAACGAUUUAGUAACCUUCUAUGAAAUACGGACGACUCUAUUGAAUACAUGUAAUAUCACAAUAUAUAAUGGCCAGUCUCCAAUUACAAAAGUCGAUCACGGUGACAAUUACAUGCUUGGAAUGGAAGAAGUAGCAUCAUUUCUAAAGGAAUCGGAAAUAUGUCUUACAAGAAUCGCCUAUGAUAUUGAACUGAAUCCAAUAGACAUAAGCAGUAAACUUCCGUAUAAUACAUAUUUACAAGUGUGUCGAGGAGGAUUGAAUAUGUCAUCUUUGUGUGUACAAACUACAACAAACUUUUAUGAUAAGGGAAAGUUUGCACUUGAACAAGACAGUGGAUUGAUUGUCAGGGAUAUGGAUCUUGAUGAUAUUAAAAACGACUGUGGUUGUAGUUCGGCGUUUGCCGGAUUUAAAAACAUAGUUGCAGGCUUUCGCGGUGGUUCAGUAAUACCGUGUAAGAAGUUUGAUGUUCAAUCGAAAGAAUAUAAAUUGAAAUAACCAGCUAUUUCAUUAGCUGUUAAAUAAAUAUAAAUUU